GGGGCAGAUAGGGGCAGAGUGGGGGUGGGCAGGCACCUCAAAGAAAUCUGCUGAUCUUGGCUGCAUGGGUGGAAAAUUGUAAACAGCCAAAGAAUUUUGUUUGCUUGCACAGGGAAGGCUGACCAAGUCCAAGGCAAGAGGCAGCUAGCCCAGGAGUAGGAAAAAGCCACAUCCUGGAAGCCUGAGAGCUCAGGAAGGGGUGCAUCCCUCUAUUUGUCUUCUUGGAGGCCCCUGGUCCUCCCAGAAGUCCCCAUCAUUCACCUGCCUGCUGGAAGGCCAGUCCAGAAAUACCAGGUCCUGAGGUUCGAAAGAGGAGCAUGGCCCCACUUCCCUUUCCAGGCACUUGGAGAUCAGUCUCCCCACCUCUGUCCCUGCCUGGCUGGAAGGCAUCCAGGGGAGCGGCAGCAGAACUCGGCACACGUACAGUGCCCACACAGCCUCACUGACCCCUGAGCUCACCAAGCUAGGGGACAUGGCAGGAGAAUGUCUUUUGCAGGACCAUCCUCAAGCCCAUCCUCAAGCUCUGAUGGCUCCUGAGAACUGAGGUGGCAGCUGAGCUCCCCAUUAUCCCUCCCCCAGCCCCCCAGCUGUGGAGGAACAGAUCCCAGGGCAGAGUCCAGGGCAGCUCAAGGCUCCUCCGCACACACCCGCUGAACCCUGAGCGCCCUGAGCUGCGGGGAUGGGGCGGGCCGGGGCUGCCGCCAUGAUCCCGGGCCUGGUCCUGCUCUGGGCAGCAGGGCUGGGCAGUGCCACCCCCAGUCCCCCACGCCUUCGGCUCUCCUUCCAAGAACUCCAGGCCUGGCAUGGUCUACGGACCUUCAGGCUGGAGCGGACCUGCUGCUACGAAGCCUUGCUGGUGGAUGAGGAGCGUGGACGCCUAUUUGUGGGGGCCGAGAACCACGUGGCCUCCCUCAGCCUGGACAACAUUAGCAAGCGGGCCAAGAAGCUGGCCUGGCCGGCCCCUGUGGAAUGGCGAGAGGAGUGCAACUGGGCAGGGAAGGACAUUGGUACUGAGUGCAUGAACUUCGUGAAGUUGCUGCAUGCCUACAACCGCACCCACUUGCUGGCCUGCGGUACAGGGGCCUUCCACCCAACCUGUGCGUUUGUGUUGGUGGGCCACCGGCUGGAGGAGCCGGUGCUCCAGCUGGACCUGCGAAAGCUAGAGGAUGGCAAAGGCAAGAGUCCCUAUGACCCCAGGCAUCGGGCUGCCUCCGUGCUGGUGGGGGAGGAGCUAUACUCAGGGGUGGCCGCAGACCUCAUGGGCCGGGACUUUACCAUCUUUCGCAGCCUGGGCCAGCGUCCGAGUCUCCGAACAGAGCCACAUGAUUCCCGCUGGCUCAACGAGCCCAAGUUUGUCAAGGUCUUCUGGAUCCCCGAGAGCGAGAACCCGGACGACGACAAAAUCUACUUCUUCUUUCGUGAGUCAGCUGUGGAGGCGGCACCGGCAAUGGGACGCCUGUCCGUGUCCCGCGUUGGCCAGAUCUGCCGGAACGACAUUGGCGGCCAGCGCAGCCUGGUCAACAAAUGGACGACGUUCCUGAAGGCGCGGCUAGUGUGCUCGGUGCCAGGCAUCGAGGGCGACACCCACUUCGACCAGCUCCAGGACGUGUUCCUGCUGUCCUCGCGGGACCGCCUGACCCCGCUGCUCUAUGCCGUCUUCUCCACAUCCAGCGGCAUCUUCCAGGGCUCCGCGGUGUGCGUGUACAGCAUGAACGACGUGCGCCGGGCCUUCCUGGGACCGUUUGCGCACAAGGAGGGGCCUAUGCACCAAUGGGUGUCAUACCAGGGUCGUGUCCCCUACCCCCGGCCUGGCAUGUGCCCCAGCAAGACUUUUGGCACCUUCAGUUCCACCAAAGACUUCCCAGACGACGUCAUCCAGUUCGCUCGGAACCACCCGCUCAUGUACAACUCGGUCCUGCCCAUUGGGGGGCGCCCUCUCUUCCUACAAGUGGGAGCCGGGUACACCUUCACCCAAAUUGCUGCAGACCGGGUGGCAGCUGCUGACGGACACUAUGAUGUCCUCUUCAUUGGCACAGAUGCCGGCACAGUGCUGAAGGUGAUCUCAGUCCCCAGCGGUGGCAGACCUAACGCCGAGGGGCUGCUCCUGGAGGAGCUGCAGGUGUUUGAGGACUCAGCUGCAGUCACCAGCAUGCAAAUCUCCUCCAAGAGGCACCAGCUGUAUGUAGCCUCGCGGAGCGCGGUGGCCCAGAUCUCGUUGCACCGCUGCGCUGCUCACGGCCGCGCCUGCGCUGAAUGCUGUCUGGCGCGAGACCCCUACUGUGCCUGGGACGGAGUCGCGUGCACCCGCUUCCAGCCCAGUGCCAAGAGGCGGUUCCGACGGCAAGACGUAAGGAAUGGCGACCCCAGUUUGCUGUGCUCCGGGGACUCAUCUCGUCCCGCGUUGCUGGAGCGGAAGGUGUUUGGCGUAGAGGGUGGCAGCGUCUUUCUGGAAUGUGAGCCCCGUUCGCUGCAGGCGCACAUGGAGUGGACUUUCCAGCGCGCAGAGGAGACGGCCCACACCCAGGUGCUGUCAGAGGAGCGCGCCGAGCGCACCGCGCGUGGGCUACUGCUGCGCGGACUGCGACGCCGGGACUCGGGCGUGUAUCUGUGCGCGGCGGUCGAGCAGGGCUUUUCCCAGCCGCUGCGUCGCCUGGCGCUGCACGUGCUGAGUGCUGCGCAGGCCGAACGGCUGGCGCGGGCCGAGGAGGCUGCGCCCGCCGCACCGCCAGGCCCCAAACUCUGGUACCGGGACUUUCUGCAGCUGGUGGAGCCGGGCGGCGGUGGCGGCGCGAACUCCCUGCGCAUGUGCCGCCCUCAGCCUGUGCUGCGCCCACCGCCCCCAGAGUCGCGGAGGAAGGGCCGCAACAGGCGGACGCACGCCCCUGAGCCGCGCGCUGAGCGGGGGCCGCGCAGCGUAGCUCACUGGUGACCCGGCUGUCCCCACGCUGGGGACCAGGCAGGAGACGACAGGCAGGAGACGGAGCAGACAAACCCUGGGCAGACGACGGGUUGGGGCCGGGCACAUUGGGGUCCCUGGAGGACAGAGACACCAAGUGACAGGCCCUGGCCUUAGGGCAGCCACGUGGGCUUAUUUAUUAACAGGAUAACUCUUGAAUGUAGCCCCAGAAGGGUGGCCCAGGCUGGGUGCAGGAUCCAGCCAGGAUGGAGGGGACAGAGAAGUCGGCCGGGCUUCAGAGCAACUGAAGCACCAAGGCCUGGGAGGUGCCCAGAGUGCCCACCCUUGGGGACAGACCCCUUCCUUGGGCAGUGAGCAGGAAGCUGUGAACAGGCUGGGUUGCUGGGGGCGGGGUGAGGCAGGCCGCCUGUACUAAAGUAAUGCAAUAAACACAUUAUCAGCAGAAGCUGGAAUGGCCCCAGCAGACAACCGCUAGGUGCCUUGCUCUGUGGUCUUGGGCACCUUCCUAGCAGUCUCAGGGCCUGAGUUUCUCCAGCCCAAGGUUGCCGUGGUGAGAAUUAAAGGGGGUUUCUACAUGACUGAGUGGGUUCUCCAGGGCCUUUGGGAAUGCUGACAUGCACAGUACAUUCUGCACAAUACAAUUUAAGGGUUAAGUGCUAUGGAAAAGAAUGUGAGCAGAUGGCCUCACUGAAGGAGUGACACUUGAACUGAAAUGACAAGGAGCCAGCCACAGGAAUAUCUGGGAACAGAGCAUUCCAGGAGGGAACAGACGCUGCAAAGGCCCUGAGAUACCAUGGCGCCAAGGAUGCCAAACCGGAGCGGCAGGGGGCCACUGGCCCCCAACCACGUGCAGGAGGUGCACCUGCAUCAGGUGGAGUCCAUCAGUGACCUACACAGUGGAGGCUCACUGCACCCCUAUCUGACUGAAGAGGCACGGCCAUGGGACGAGCUCCUGGGUGUUUUGCCACCAUCACUGUGUGCCCAAACCAGCUGCAGCCCUGUGUAUGGCAGGGGGGCCUUCCUGCUGCUGCUCGCGCUGCUGGUGCUCAUAUGCCUGGCGCUCGCCAUCCUGGCUGUCUACCUGAGUGUGCUGCAGAGUGAAUCCCUACGCAUCCUGGCACACACAUUGCACACCCAAGAGGAGACACUACUCAAACUUCGCCUGGCCAGCCUCAGCCAGCUGCGGAGGCUCAACUCCAGCGAGGCCCGAGCACCCAGCUGAGAUGCCACUUUGACCUGGGGCCUGGAGGACUAUGUGUGGGGGUCGGGAUAAAGUGGCCACUGGCCUCAUCUACAGUACUUCCUUGGUGAGACUUUUGUCCAAGAACCUGAUGUGACUCCACAGCUGCCCGACUCUCCUGCCCUCUUCAAGCCAGGCCUAGCCAAGGCUUCUGGUCGCUAGGCCUUGCUUUAGGUGGUCCAAGGUCAGGGGAAGGGGCACCGGCCUCCUGGUUCCUCCUGUGGCCUGUCAGCACCCUCUGGCCAUCCCCAGAUGGCAGGUUCAGAAGUGUAGAAAUAGCACCCCCACCCGGCUGUCUCCCAAACUCUGCCAAGCCUCCCGGUGGGAGACCAGCCUCAGCUCUCAAAGAUAGGCUGGGCUCUGAGUAGGGGGAGAGGGGCCACCUAGGGAGACUGCCCUGGAGGACAAAGGUGAGAUGGAGGAAGACCCAGCUGGGCCCAAGCCUAGGGUGGGUGGGGAAGGAGGGUAGACAGAGAUAGAUAUCCAGGAGUCAAGACCACAGAAGGCUGAGCAUUCUGUUUAAUUAUGCAUAAUAAUCUUUAAAAAUCAGCACACAAAUUCAUUCCAGGUAGCCUUGCCUCCCCAGCUGCUGUGGUGGCAUUUGUCUAGAUGCCAUCUCCCCCAAGGAAGUGGGUCAUCCCAGGGGAGCAAAGCCUGAGAAAGAAGAGGAAGGGACAGCCCCCCUACUCUCUGCCCCACAGCCCUGGGCCACAUUUGGCCCGGCCUGAGACAGGGCAGCAAGAGGCCACAGGGCUGAGUGUCCUGGCCUCCAGCCACCCACUCCAUGUCUGUUUUUGGUUUUGUCAUUAAAAAAAUAAAGCGACAAUUUCUGGCAGA